AUGAAUGACUACCAGAAGAUCGCAUAUGACGCCGAGAAGGACCUCAACUCCUACCAGGCUAAGCAGGGCCUUGGUCCCAAGAGCGACUCCACCGUCGAGUCUGGCGUGAACGAGAUGGUCGACCGCAAGUUCGACACCGGCAUUCGUACCGGCAGAGAGGCAGGUGGCACCGGAAGCAACCGCAUGCCUGUCCCAGAAGAAGAGGGUGGAUCUCGCGACGACCGUGGCAGACUAGCACCCGCCGGAGAGUUCGAGGGCACUGGAGGUCCCGAGGAUAAGGUGAAGAUCCAAUCGGAGCGUCGUCCUGGUGACCAAGACACUCUGAACCUUCAAGAUAUGAAGCGUGAGGGCAUUGCCCAAUAG